AUGAGGCCUUAUUUAGCAACCACUGUACUCCUAUUGAUUCUGAUUCAUCAGACUUCAGGAAGCUUGAAGAAAUCACCCCCAAAACUGAGGAUGAUUAAUACUGUAGCUACAUGUGAGGAUGGUAAAGGAUAUUGCAGAAACAGAUGCAGACAAGAUGAAAAUGAACUGUACAACUGUGCAGCUGCCCAAAAAUGCUGCAUCAAUUCUGCAUCAACCAGACUUUAUGAAGUGGACAGUGGUGAAUGGUCAAGUUUUGCUUCCACCACAAGUCAACCUUCGUACUGAAGAUUGUUCAAACUUCUCCUAAACUCUCAAUCUUCCUGUAAAAUAUGUUCACAUAAAAUUAUAACCUAG